AAAAAGGAAGAAGCGUUUAUUCAAAUGAAAACAGAAAUGGUGGGGUAUGAUAGCUCCGUGACUGAAAAUAAAACAUUAGGCCAUGUGUUAAGGAUUGUGUUUUUGUUUUUUCACAAGAACUGGUUCAGAGCACGUAACCGGAGGCAUGCGUAGCAACGUGACAGGAUACAAUGUCCCGUAGUGGUACAGCUGUCACCCUUUCGAUGAAGCGUGUACGUCAUUAUUAUGUUUGCGGUACACAUUUGCUUACAGCGUCAGCCAGUAUUUAAACAUUUCCAUGCAGACUGUAACAGGCGCGUUUCUCUGCCCAAGUAUUUUUGAAAUGAUUAGCUGCUAAAAAACAAAAAACGCGUUAAUAGGAACCAUGUCCGCCAAUGGAAAAGUCAUCCCGCACACGCCGCUGGCUGUAGACUUUUGGCAUGUGCGGAAAUGUCCCGGCAGCCGGUUGUUCUUCCUGACCCACAUGCACAGCGACCACACGGUGGGUCUGACCUCCACCUGGAGCAACCGGCCCAUCUACUGCUCCCCCGUCACCGCCACCCUGCUCAGACUCAAACUACAGGUAAAGGAACAAUGGAUUCAUCCUCUGGAGCUCUGUGAGCCAUACCUGCUCCCACUGGACGACAUAGGCAAGGAGAAGGUCACCGUCACACUGAUAGAUGCCAACCACUGUCCAGGAGCAGUCAUGUUUCUCUUUGAAGGCUACUUCGGCACAAUUCUCUACACUGGUGAUUUCAGAUACACUCCUUCAAUGCUGCGUGAGCCAUGUUUAAGGACCAGCACCGCUAUAGACAUUCUGUACUUGGACAACACCAACUGUGACCCCAACCGCAGUCUGCCAUCCAGACAGAAAGCCACUCAAGAAAUCAAAGAGAUCAUCCGCAGUAACCCUGACCACAAUGUUGUUAUAGGCUUGUAUUCUUUGGGAAAGGAGACUUUGCUGGUGGAGCUGGCGAUGGAGUUUAAAACCUGGGUUGAGGUGAGUUUUGAGAGAAUGGAGACAAUCAAAGCCCUCGAGCUUCCCGACGUCUUCACCACUGAGCCAGGCGCUGGCCGUAUCCGAGUUGUGGAGCAGUCCAGGGUUUACUAUACAACUGCGCAUGAUUUGAACAAAGAACACCCCACAUUGGCCAUCUUACCCACCAGCAGACUCUUCAUCUCCCCCCACCCUAAUCUCCACGUAGUGCCCUAUUCAGACCACUCCUCCUACCAGGAGCUAGUUGAUUUUGUCUCUGCACUCAGACCUUCCUCUAUUGUACCCAUUGUUGGAAGCUGCGUACCUGGAGGUCUGUCCGCUUUACUCCCGCACAAGAAACGCCAUGAAAUCCACGUACCUGAGUCAGUGCGACAGUACAUGUUGAGAGAGCCUGAAAGGCAGUUUAGCUCCUCGGUGUACACUGGUCUUUGUCGCAGAAACCUAAGACCCCGUGCUCCCAAAGGAGUGAUUUUUGAUACUCCUUUGAAAAAAUCCAGGAAGCUGUAUGAAGAAGCCUCCGAGGCAGAGAGCAUGGAGCCGGAUGGAUCCGAGGAAGAAACAGACACAGGAAGCAGCAGAAAGGAUUCUGACUGUAUUCUUGUUGACGUGAAUGUAAAAGUCCCCACUAACAAGGAGAGAAGCUGUGAUCAAAUUCUGUCAGAAACACAAGUGAUGAUGGAAUCGGCGCAGAACGGUCAACUCAGCGAGGACAACUUUGGUGCAGAGGGGAUUCAGGCAAACUCCAGCAGUGAAUAUAGUUGUGGGGAUUGUAACACUUUGGGUUUGCUUCAAAACAGUCCUGACAGGGACUCCCUCUCUUCAACCAGCAACUCAACUGAGUUGUCGUGGGAGAUGAUAGAGGAGCAUGAAAACAACCUCUUAAAGUGUCUCCCCUUCUCUGAGGAGGACUUCAAGCCUUGGGGCGUCCUUCCACUUGUGCAAACGUUCACCGUCUCACCUGUGAAGGAUUCAGAGCAGGAGCCCAUCUGAUUCAACGUUUGAUGUUUUUGGUCGCCUUUUCAGUUGUUUUAAUAUAACUACUGUAAAACACGUCUAUCUUUAUGCGAUUUUAAAUUUGGGCCAUAUGGGCAGUUACCAAGGGGAAAUGUUUGAGAGAUGCAUGAGCCCCAGAUAUUAAACUCUAACUUGUCACUCGCACCUUGAACAUGUUUUCUAUAGCUUUUAUCCAUGUAAAGUCAGUGGGGAGUUAGCACCCCCUUGUGUUGAAUAGGGAUCCCCCGUAUGCUGCUGAGAAUAGGGAAUCUAGCUGGCGAAGUUUCUGCAGGUCUGCACUGGGUUUUUGUGUUGCCCCAGAAUAUAAUUUCCUGUAUUUUGAUUGGGGGUCAGCAGAAGCAGGGGCUCUACCCCCAGCUCAAAACACAUUUACCAUUUUGCUCUUGCCUUGGAAGAUGUGGCCAAAAUAUUUUUCCAGGUGUUAUUUGUUUUAUGUUACCCUUAUUAUGUAAAGAGAUGUUAAAAAAAAAACAGAUUUUGCCAUUUGUCUGCUCAACCUUUUAAUUUAAACCGUGUAUAGUUUUACUGUGAGUAGUAGGAGAAGUUGCACUUUUUGUGCCUGUGUGAUCUUAUUUUAAUGUGAUUAGUAUUAAACAAUUUGUGGUGUUUUCUCUGUUUUUGUUUUUGUUCUUAUGCUUAUCAGAGGAGGUGUCUGACUUUUUUUUUUUUUACGCUGAAGAAAUAAAAACAAUUGCUUCCUUUAAUUGACAUUCCUGUGAGUGUUUUUGAAAGUAUUAACAGUACCAGAUGGGCCAUAUGGCCAGUUACCAAGGGGAAAUGUUUGAGAGAUGCAUGAGCCCCAGAUAUUAAACUCUAACUUGUCACUCGCACCUUGAACAUGUUUUCUAUAGCUUUUAUCCAUGUAAAGUCAGUGGAGAGUUAGCACCCCCUUGUGUUGAAUAGGGAUCCCCCGUAUGCUGCUGAGAAUAGGGAGUCUAGCUGGCGAAGUUUCUGCAGGUCUGCACUGGGUUUUUGUGUUGCCCCAGAAUAUAAUUUCCUGUAUUUUGAUUGGGGGUCAGCAGAAGCAGGGGCUCUACCCCCAGCUCAAAACACAUUUACCAUUUUGCUCUUGCCUUGGAAGAUGUGGCCAAAAUAUUUUUCCAGGUGUUAUUUGUUUUAUGUUACCCUUAAAAUGUAAAGAAAUGUUCAGAAAAAAAACUGAUUUUGCCAUUUGUCUGUUCAACCUUUUAAUUUAAACCGUGUAUAGUUUUACUGUGAGUAGUAGGAGAAGUUGCACUUUUUGUGCCUGUGUGAUCUUAUUUUAAUGUGAUUAGUAUUAAACAAUUUGUGGUGUUUUCUCUGUU